AUGUAUGUAUAUUUCGAGCGGUCAAGUAAUUUUCAUGUAGGUGGGAAACCCGACGGAAUAUUUGGUCCCGAUCCCUUGCUCGUGCAUUAUCGCGAGGAAAACGAAAGACUGCAAAAUGCAAAUGAGGAACUGGCUGAAAAAGUUUGUAACCUCGAGGAGAGCCUCGCCGAACGAGAUUGCUGCGACGAUCCCUGCGAGAAAGUUAAAUACAUGAGGGAGAAAAUAGCAGCGCUGAGAGAUCGUUUCGCUGCCGAAAAGAAACGAAUGCGAGAUACGAUAUCGCAUUUUAAGUUGAAACUGGCGGAAGCCGAGGAGGAUACUUCCUGCGCGGCAUUAAACCGUUUGAGGGCAAAGCUUCGCGAGUUAAUGAAAGAUGGUCAGAAAGCCGAUCAACAGGUACUACCCGUAAUUGUCGAAAGAUCAAUGCAGACGGUGGAUCUCUCAGAAAGCUACGAAAAUCUACGAACAGAGAACGAGCGUCUGCAAGCCGAGUUAAUGCAAAUGCGUCGUUCGAUCAGGGAGGUUGAUGUACCGAUCUUAGAAGACAGUAUCGCUCCUCCAUCUAUAGAUAAAGAAGAGAUAGAUACAGAGAGAUCGACGUUACUGAGCCGCCUUCAGAAUUGCGAAGAGCUUCUGGGCGAAUUGAAAAUGCAUUUAGACGAGAAAACGGCUUACGCAGAGGCUCUAAAGAGCGAACUUGAAGAGCAAAAAGCUUCCGCAUUGGCAUUAGAUAUGGAUCAGGUGACCGUCAGUCGUAAAGACGCGGAGGAGGAGAUUGAGAUAAAAAAAGAGGAACCUGACGAUAAGAUUAUGGAGCUUCUUAGCAGCCUGGGGCAAUCUGAACUGGUUGUGAGCAAGUUGCAAAACGAGAUCGAAGAUAUGAGGUUUCAACUGUAUAAUCUCGAGAUAGAGAAAAAGAAAUUUCUCGAUGAAUUAGGGAAGCUACAGAACAUUGUGUCGGAGAGAAAUGAUCAAAUAAAUAAAUUAAACAAUGAAAGUGAAUCCCUGAGGAAGCAUAUUGAAACAAUAAAAUCCGAAUGCGAUGAAUUAAGUACUAAGAAUGCGUCAUUAGAUAUAGAAGUACGAGAAACACAAGAGAAAUUGAAAAGAACGGGAGAUGAAAAUAACGAGUUAAGAAACGAGAUCGAUAAGUUGAAUGUUAACCUGCGUCUCCAGGAAGAAAAAUUUCAAGUGGCGCAAAAGGAGCUGGGGGGUGCGAGAGACAAUUUGCAUAGUCUCGAGACUGAGAAUGAAUUCUUGAAGAAGGCAUUGGAAAAUGUUCAAUUGGAGACUAAUGAACGUAAAGAAGAAAAUGUUGCCUUGAAAAACAAUCUUGAUAAUAUGAUUAAGGAAUUAGAAUCUGCGAAAGACGAAAAUAAUAAUGUUAAGAUGGAGGUUAAUCAAUUAUUAUCUGAGAAUAAACAUUUACAGGAUGAGUUAGAGAAACGAGUGGCGGAGACAGAGCAGUUAAAAUCCGAAAGAGCUGCAUUAAAAGACGGUCUCGAUAGAUUACUGGAAGAGAUGGAUAGAUUGAAGAUUGAUAGCGAUAAACUAAAAGAUGAAAAUCUUGUGAUUACAGCCGAAAAGGACAAUUUGACAGCCGAAAGAGACAACUUAAAAUCUGAAAAUAUUCUUCUUAAAGAUGAUUUGUCUAAGACAGAUUCAACGUUAGUUGAUGCAAAGAAACAAUUGGAUGAGUUUAAAGUGAAGAAUGAAGUUCUUACGGAAGAAUUGGAGAAGGCUAAUGUAAAUAAUAAUAAGUUAUUCUCAGAUUUUAAUGCUCUACAAAGCGAAGUAGCAAAAUUAAAGUUGGAAAACAGAAAAUUGUUACAAGAAGCAGAUGAUGGGAAGGAAGAGUUAACAAAAUUAUUAUUUGAAAUAGAAAAUCUGAGGAAGGAGAUAGAUGAUUCAAAUAACGAAUUAAUAAGAGUAAAUAACGAAGUUGUAGAUUUGCGGAAGGAAACGGCUGGACUAAAUAAUGAAUUGAAGGAGACGAAAGUUGUAAAUGAACAACUAAGGAUAGACAUUUACCAAAUGGCAGAAAACAAUAAAGCUAUUAAAGCGGAAAUGGAUAACUACAAAGAUGAAAAUGAUAAACUAAAGACAAAGGUAAGCAAAAUGAAGGAACAAGUAAAUUUAUCGACGGAUGAAGUAAAUAAAUUAAGAAAACAACUUGAGGACGCUGAAAAUCGGGUUAAGUUGCUCGAGUCUCAGAUCGCUAGUUUACAGACUGAUAAGGAUGAGGUACAAGACGAGAUCAACGCUUUGCAAAACAAAAUCAACAAACUAAAACUAGAUCUUAGUGCAGAAACUGCUGCUAAACGAGACAUUCAGGAAGAGUUAACAGCAUUGAAAAAUGAAAUGAAAAAUUUGAUCUCGAAGAUCGAUGAAUUAAAAGUGCAAAAUCAUGCCCUAAAAGAAGAAAGAAAUGCUCUCAAAAAUGAAUUGCUGAAUCUGGGCGAAGAAUUAUCAAAUCUAAAAGUUACGAAUGCUGAAAUGACGAGCGAGAUUAAUAAUUUAAGACCAAAAAUAUUUGAUCUCCAAUCGAAGAUAUCUAAAUCGGAAGAAGAUAUAGAAUAUUGGAAAAUAGAGAAUUGCAAACUCAAAAUGGAUAUAGAUAAACUAUCUAUCGAGAGUGAAAAGACAAAGGAAGAUUUAAACGUUUGCAAGGUUGAGCGACAAUCAUUAGAGGAGGAUAUAACUAAUCUUAAGAAUGAAAAGGUUAAGCUCGAAGGAGAAAUUACAGAGCUUAAAAAUCAACUGGAAACAUUUAAACUAACAUACGACAAGCUGAAUGAUGAAGUAGAGAAUUUAAGAGAAUCAUCAAUUGAUGCGCAGGAUAAGAUGAACAAGUUACAAUAUCACGUGGCCGCAUUAUUAGAAGAGAAGGAAUCGCUUUUGAACGAAUUGGGCAGUUUACGAAUGGAAGUGGAUAGAUUAGGUAAAGAAAUUAUAUCGAAUAAAGCUGCUAAAGAAGCUGCUGAGAAAGAGAUGAUCGUUUUAAGCGGGGAAUUAUCAGUGCUGAAGGCAGAAUUGGAUAAAACGCGCAUGGAAAACGAGAGCUUAAAAAAGGAAUUGAACGACGUGAAUAAACGAUAUGUUAGAUUGAAGUACGAAAAUGCCGCUUUGAGGACCGAAAAUACUAAAAUAACGACAGAACUCGAUUCCUUCAAGUUCGAUUUAACAAUAGCGAAGAGCGAUCUCGAUAAGUCUGAGAAUCAGAACGGCAAGUUAAAGGAAGAGAUCGAUGAGUUGAAGAAAAUACUCGGCGAUGCCGAAACGAAGAUUAAAUUUCUGGAAGGACAGCUCGUUGACUUAUCGACUGAAAAAGAGAGAGAGAAGGAGAGACUCGAAAAGGAGGUGAACGACGCGAAAGUUCAGGCUGCGAUUUCAAAGGCCCAUGCUGAUGACGCACGAGCACAAAUCGAUGACUUAGUUAAGGAUUUGAAUGCAGAGAAAACAGGCAGAAGCGCUGCCUUGAAGGAAUUGGAUGCCUUAAAAGGCGCUUUGGCUCAUUUGCGGGAUGAUCUAAAUAGAUGCCGAGCGGACAACGAGCGGUUAACGAUCGAGUCGGCUGCUUUGGAAGAUCAAGUGCUGGUGUUACAGGCGGAUUUGAGAAAAUCCGAGAUUGAAAACGACAAAUUGACGAGGGAAUGUAGCAGAUUACAAGACGAAAAUAGGGACACGAGUGCCAAGUUGAAUAACGCUUGGAUCGAGUUGGAUAAAGUAAAAGAUGAUAUGGCAAGGUCACUAAUAGAACGUGAAAAAACACAGCAAGAUUUAGAAAAAUUGACAAUGGAAAAAGAGGAAUUGGAAGAUAAUCUGAGAAGAGCGCAAAGUCAUAUCGAUAAAUUAAAAGAAGAUGUCGAGAAAUCCAAAGGGGACUUUGCAAAAGAUAUUAACGAUAUCGACAAGUUAAGAGAAGAAUUAGAGAAAUUGACAAUUGAAAUAGAAGAAACGAGAGAAGAUUUGAUACGCGCGAAAGAAGAGAAUGAUAAUUUAAAAAUUGUCAAUAAUGAUCUUAAAUUAGAACUAAAUCAAUUUAAAGUUCAGCCAAGUGAGAUAACGGUUUAUCCUGAGCGACCAGAUGAGGAAUUCGAUGGAUCGAUGGAUCAAAUCCGUAAAUUAUUCGCCGAAAAUGCAAAUUUGAGAUCCGAAUUAGAUCGUUGUCAAGCAGAGAAUAAGCAAUUGAAUAAACAGCUUGACAAUUUACGAAAUGAAAACAUCAGAUUAUUGAAAUCUUUCGUUUCUCCUAUUGAAGAAGCUGGCGUGAUUAAACCGGAUGAAUGCGGCGACUUCGUUAAGGCGAAUGAAUUACUAAAGAAGCAGAUUGAAAAGCAAUAUGACGCCGUGCAACGUGUACGUGAUUACAUACACUAUAUAGACGGUAAAAUUCCUACGAAACCUGUAAUGGCAGCGACGUUGGACGAUGACUUGGAGAUCACGCGCUGGACGGUGCCUUCCAUCAUAGAAUUGUUCAAAGAGUCUCAGAAAUUGUCCGAGAAUAUUUAUCUGGCGGAAAUCGAAGUGCAAAGCAUUGAUAGAUUAUUGGAACUGCUUAACCAAUGCAAGAGAGACAAUGAAAAUUACAUAAAACAACUGUCGGAGCUUGGUGUAGAAGUUACCAAGGUUGCAGGUGCGGAUAAUGGCGAUGAGCUUGCAGCUUUUGACCCUGAAUCUUGGUUGAAGUCUUUGACGCUGACGCAAUUGGCCGAAUUGCAUGACAAGAUUUGUCUAUUGACUUCAAACAUGGUGCAACAAGACAGCGGUCCUGCGGCAUACGAUCGAUCAGCGAUUAAUUGGGACUACGACAGCGAUCCGCUGCAAGCGGAUUACGACGCUUUAAACCGGAGGAUCGCCGCCUUGCAGAAGCAAAUAGCCGAGAAGCAGAUUGAAGCGGGGUGGAAGCUGCAGGAAUUAAGACGGGCUCUCCGUCUCGAGCAGGCUAACCUGAUUCAAAUCUUCGACCGGAUGAAUCUCGAAAGAAGACGCAAUUUGGCUCUCCAUCUCACCAUGGACGAUUCAGCGUGAAAGCUUUCUACGCUCGACUUUACGCUUGCUUCGAGCAAACUGUAUACAGGCGAAAUAUAAAUAAAAAACAAUACAAGAAUUCGAUUUGAAAAAUAUUCAAAGGACUAUACGUGAUUGAGAAUAAUUCAGUAAUUUUGAAAAUAUUCGAUUCUUUUUGACACGUUGCAGUUUCGUAAUUAAAGCAACACGUGUCGAGAAACGAAAGGGGACAAAUAAAAUGACGGCUUCAAUAGUCCCCAUUUGUUCCCGUACCCUUCUCUCGCACGAUCCGAAUGAUUACGAUGAUUUUGUAGGCAAUAUAAUUGCGAUAACGCCCCAUAUUCAGCAACAACAGUUUUGUUGCUAAUUACUAUCGAACAAUAACAACUAAUGAGACCCGCUUGUUUCGCAGCACAUGCUUGUGCGCUGCCACGUGCGAUAACGUGAUUUCCUGUUUCAUUUCGGAGGUCGCGUUGUUCGAUCGAGAUUAAUUCAAUUGUGCCGCGUACCGCAUCCGUUCCCACGACUUUACCAGGUCGAAUGCGCGCGCGGGGUUCAAUAGAAAGGCGUAUG